AUGCAAGCGUUCGCUGUUUGUCGCGACUGCCGUGUCGGUGGUGAACGUGAGCGUGCAUGUUGGGGAAGUCGGGACGCGGAGGUGUCUGCACAGGCCAAUCAGCGCCGAUCAGCCUGCGCGGCCAUGGAGAGGACACCUGCGCAGCUUCACCAUAGCUCCAAGCACCCAUCCGUCCACUGCACCAUGUCGAGCCCUCUUGCAGAUGUCUGGGAGGCUGCCGCGGCGUCGCCCUUCCAGCCCGCGAUCGGAAAGAACGGCCAGUUCACCAUUGGCUUUGCACUGCUGUUCGCUUCGCUGCUCUUGACCGGCUUCUUCGGCCUCAACCGCUCGCUCGCCAACCUGCCCCUCGUCGGCGCACCCGCUUCGAUAGCAUUUGGGUUCGGCGCAGUGUACAUGAUCUGCGCAGUCGGCGUCUACGUCUAG